UGUUGUGGUUUUGUUGUAUCAGGAAGCAGAUUUCAAGUUAGCUCGCAGGACUAAUUUGGAUUUAAUGUCGUAAUAUUCUGUUAUAAUUCGCUAUUAAGGACGGCUCUCUAUUUCGAUCACUGAUUGCGUUUGUACCGUGAAGCUGGGGCGGGUUUUCUGCCUUGUUAUGGUGUAUUUGCUUUUUGAUAAGCUGCAUUAGUCAGCUAACCUACAAUAGCUAAGGGACAAGGUGCAGCAUGAAACACAUGAUAAUGAGGCAGUGUGUUCUUCAUGGACCGAGUGGAUCAUGUCUGUGAUCCUGUUUGCCUUUGUGGUUCGGGUCAGGGAUGGACUCCCCCUGUCAGCCUCCACAGACUUUGAGCACAACCGAGAGCUCCAGCAGAGGAAGCAACAGAUUAAGACCAUCAGCAAGGCGCUGUCCCACUUCCCCAACAGAGGGACCAUUAAGGGCCAGGAGCUCAACAUAUACUUCGUCUCUUCAGAGGGUGUAUCCUACAUGACUGUGUGUCACUGCAGCCUCCCCGUUGCUAAAGCCUUCUGCUUCCUGGAAGAUUUGCGCUGGGAGUUCACAGCAUGCUUCAAAAGCGCUGUUGUUGCCUUGGCAGCCAGGCCAUAUCCAUUUUUGGAAUUUGACAGCACUAUUCAGAAGCUGAAGCAGCAGUACAACCACAGCGGUGGCCCAGCCCUAGAGGUGACUUUGGCAGAAGUCCAGGAGGAUCUGAGGAUCCAUCCACCUCAAGUAAUAAACCUGGAUGAGGUGGAGUUUACUAAUGGCACUGCAAAUGGGCAUAUGGAGCAGAAUCCUGGAGCUAGUCAAAAUCAGAGACUGGAACCAGUGACAGCGCCGGGCAUCCUCUCUCUCGUCCUUAAUAUCAUGUGUGCAUCUUUGAAUGUUAUCCGUGGCGUGCACCUCAUAGAGUACACGUUCCAGGAUGAUUAUGAAGGCAUUUGGAAUGUUGUGGCAUUUCUCCUAGCAUUUGCUUGCUGUGUUUUUCAGUGCCACCUCUACCUUUUCCACUCAUCUCUGAAGAAACUGAAGUGCUUCACUCUGUUAAGCGUGAUCGUCCUAUGCAACUUGCACCUGCACGGCUUGAGAAAUGUGUGGCAGCUCCUUUUCCACAUUUCUGUUGCCACCUUCUCCACCGUCCUCACCCUGACUCGCAAACUCCAAGACAGAACCAGUGACUGUGGCGUCUGAGGAGCGCAGGACAGUUUCAUUUAUUGCACUGCUCCAGUUUUCAGUGCAAGUGAGAAACGGUGGAAGUAAUCGGCUCGAACCACAAGAUUAACGAGGAUGUCUUGUGGAUUUUUUUUAACAAAAGAUUGAAAAAUUCCAAUAACGGGCUCGUAUGUUCUCAUAUAAAGUAUGUACCUGCAAUUUGUGUACAUUGUUUUCAAAGAGAAUACAGAUAAACGCAAUGAUUUCUGGAUCCUUAAAAUGAUCUGUUUAACCUCAAACCAGGAAGAAAAUGCACAUGAAGAACAAAAACUGAUGAAUCCCAGUCAAACCCAAAUUUUAGAAAAAGUUUUUAAAGAAGAUAAAAGAAGUUCUUGCAGUCAGGGUUGCUGACCAAAGUUUUUCCCGUUAUGUCACAGUCCUAACUGUUAAAGCUGUGGGUUUGUAAUUGUAUGCAUUUCUGCUCACACCCAGCUCAGUAUUUCUGCUACUGCAGACCACCGAUUAGCUUUUCAUAAACAUUUUAUACCAUUCAGUCACAGCGAGUUAAAAUUGAUUUCAGUCGUACUUUUCCCAGAUGGUAAGAGAGUCUAUCCUACAUUAGUAGACACAUGAUACCUAAAUUAUUUAAUGGAAAGUAUAAAGUAUA